UCUCCCUCCUCAAUCCUUCUACCCUCUUUCCCCAACAACUCUACCUCUAAUUCACCCCGGUCGCCCUUCAGGGGAUGAUGACUGACACUGCCACAACAGUAUGGAGUACUUACCGAGUCUGCAGCAGGAAUUCGACGAGUUGAAGCCGUCUCUCUUCGAGCUCCUCGCCGAACAACAGCUCUCCGAUCUCCUCCCCCCAUCCAUCCGCUACAUCCUCGCAGUCGCGACCCACCGCCACCCGCGAUACCUCCUCCGCAUCCUCAACUCCUACGAUGAGAUCUACGCCCUUCUCUCCCUCCUCGUCGAACGAUACUACCUCCGCACCUUCGGCGGCUCCUUCACGGAGAACUUCUACUCGCUGAAGCGCGAACGGGUCCUGCUCACGAAGAAUGGCGAGAUCCCGCGCGCCCAGAUCGGCGCUCCGGGCCCCGUGCGCGACGCCCUCAAACUCCGCACGCGGGAUGUGUGGAAGAACCUGCUCAUCAUGGUGGGCAUCCCGUACCUCAAGCGCAAACUCGACGAAGGGUACGACAUCCACGCGGCGCCGCACGCCUCGCUGAUCAUGAGCGGCGGGCCGCGCUACAACCCGGGCGACGAGCUCCCGCCGCGGCCGACCCUGCGCCAGCGGCUCUUCCACUUCUACAAAUGGUUCCUGCGGAACAUCUACCCCUCCCUCAACGCGGGCUACUACCUGACCAUCCUCGCCUUCAACCUCGCCUACCUCUUCGACAACACCAAGUACUCCUCCCCGUUCCUGUGGCUGAUCGGCACCCGCAUCCGCCGCCUCAGCUCCGCCGACCACCGCGCCAUCGCCGCGGUCCUCGACCCUCCCCCAACGCCCGCCACUCCCUCUCGCUCCCGCUCCCGCCCCGGCUCCAGCCUCCUAGGCCUUCUGAGCCCGCAGAACCUGCACGCCCAACUCCUCACCUCGCUCCGCUACUUCCUUCCGGCCUCGAUCUUCGCCCUCAAGUUCCUGGAAUGGUACCACGCCAGCGACUUCUCGCGGCAGCUCGCCCGCAAAGCCACAGAAGUGCUGGAUCUUCCCGCCCCGGUGGCUAACGGGAUGACCCCGCCCUCGCAACGGAGAUCCACCACCACCACCACCACCACGAAAGAUCCGAAGAACGCCGACGAGAAAUCAUCCGCAUCUUCCCCGCAGCUGAAAUCAGCCCUCAAGUCCCCGACCAGCGACACGCAACCACAGCAGCAAGACCCCCAGGACCGUCGCAUCCCCAUCUCCGCAUCCUCGUACCUCCCCAUCUUCACCGUUCCACUGCCCGCCGCGGACUCCGAGACCGCUCAGGCGUGCCCCGUCUGUUUGAACACGCUGACUAACCCGACGGCCUGUCAGACGGGUUAUGUCUUCUGCUAUGUGUGUGUGUUCCACUGGUUGAACGGGGAGCAUCAGCGGCAGAUUGAUUUUAUGGACGGGGAGGCCGCGGCCGGUGCGCCGUGGGAGGAGGAGGAUUUGGCGCUGGAGGCGCAACAGGCUAAGCAGGCGGGGGGUGAAGCUGGAGAUGGGGAGGGUGAGGAGGGGAAGUAUAAAGCGAAGGGUAGUCGGCGGGGGAAGUGGGAGAGUGGGAGGGGGAGAUGUCCGGUUACUGGGCGGAGGGUGUUGGGCGGUACGGAGGGGUUGAGGAGAGUCUUGGUGUAG